CAGCUACAGACUGUGGACUCUCUGUAAACACUGGUAGUUAGUUAUUAACACAACAGAAUCAUCCAGGACCAGCGUCUCUGUCUACAGCCUUAGUUCUUCACAUCUCCUCUAUUAGUCGUUCUUUGACCCAUAAGUCCCAUCAUCAGACAGAAGACCUGCUGUGUGUUGCUGAAGACGCUGUUUCAGCUCUAUGUCUGCAGGUUUGACUGAGAUCAUGUCUCGCCCUUUGUUCUCCCUGUUGGUCUGCAUCGCCCUGUGGUCAGCGUCAGUCAUCAGCCUCUCAGUGUUCUCCGACGCCCCGAAGGCUCACAUGCUGCUCCGGUCCCGUCGGGCCAACAGCUUCCUGGAGGAGCUGAAACCUGCCUCCAUGGAGCGCGAAUGUGUGGAGGAAAGGUGCGACUUUGAAGAGGCCAGAGAGAUUUUCCAGACCCGGGAGGCUACACUGGAGUUCUGGACCGUGUACACCGAUGGGAACCAGUGUCAGUCCAACAUGUGUGUUCAUGGCCAAUGUGUGGAUCAGUACCAAGGCUACAAGUGCCUCUGUUACCCUGGAUACGAAGGCAAAUACUGCGAAUACAAUUUAACAGCCACAAACUGCUCGAUGGAUAACGGCGCCUGUGACCACGUGUGUGCAGAGAGCGAGGACGGCCAGAGGAGGAGCUGCAGCUGCUUGAAAGGAUACAAACUCAAUAAUAACUCCAGGAAAUGUAGCCCGACCAGAACCUCAUCUUGUGGUCAGAUUCUGAUCAACAGGUCACUGUACAGCAAGCCUGUGGGCGGCCCGCUGCCAUGGACGGUCGGAGGAGAGGUGGGGAAAAAGGGGGAGAGUCCCUGGCAGGUGCUGGUAUUGAAUGCAAGAGGUGCUUUUCACUGUGGAGGAGUCCUAAUUGGUGAGAACUGGGUCCUGACGGCUGCCCACUGCCUUGAAAACAACUACAAAUUCAGCGUACGACUAGGUGACUAUGAGCGAAUGAGAAAUGAAGGCACCGAGGUGUUGCUACGGGUCGCGGAGAUCUUCAAACAUCCCAAAUACAACACUAGAACGGUUGAUAAUGACAUUGCCCUGCUGCGCCUGCAAGCUCCGGCCCCUUUCUCCAGAUACAUUGUCCCCAUCUGCUUACCUGGGCGUCCCUUGGCCGAGAAGGUGCUCCACCUUAACGGCACCACCGCCGUGGUGACAGGCUGGGGUAAAGAUGACAGCGGGAAGCAUAGCUCAGCACUGAACGUCAUAAAAGUCCCACUGGUCAAUCACACUUUUUGCAGCCAGCAAAUGUUUCCCCACGAACUCUCCAGCAAUGUCCUGUGCGCUGGGAUCCUGGGUAAGAGAAUUGAUGCCUGCGAGGGAGACAGCGGUGGGCCAAUGGUCACUCUGUACCGGAACACCUGGUUCCUGAUCGGCCUGGUGUCAUGGGGUGAUGGUUGCGGCAUGACGGAUAAGUUUGGCAUCUACACCAAGGUGUCCAACUACAACGAAUGGAUCAACCAAGUACAGGAAGAAUGGGACAGAACACAUAAUCCUCAAUAAUAUUGAAGCACCUACACCUUAAACAAAUGAUCCCGUCUGCUCCGUUAAACCCAGAGAAAUCACUCAACACAUCAAUGAUGAUGUUAGACAUUUUGUUAAAUAAACCUGUUAACCUUAAA